AUGGAGAGGACUUCUCUGCCGGGGCCAUCAUCCAAGAAGUUAACCGCUCUUGUUGUCGAUGAUACACUGCUUACUCGAUUGAUUCACCGCAAUCUCUUGGCCGGUCAUGGCAUAAAAGCUCAGUUGGCGGAGAACGGCAAAGAUGCCGUUGAUUUCAUCCGUUCUGGACAACGCUUUGACCUGAUUUUGAUGGACAAGGAAAUGCCUGUCAUGGAUGGGACUGAGGCAACUAAAGAGCUUCGUAGUAUGGGAAUUCAUUGUUUUAUUGCUGGUUUAUCGGCAGUCUCAUCAGCGGGCGGCAAAGAAGAGUUCAAGCAAUCAGGCUUGGAUCUCUUUCAAGAGAAGCCUUUGGAUGACACUAAGCUCACUUUUAUCCUCCAGAAGUUCAAAAACCAUAUUGCUUGA